GUGACCCUGUCUCCAUGCCUGUGGCCGGAGUCAUAUUCGGAUUUUGGUUUUGCGUGAUAAAAGGGUGCAAUGAACUCUUGGAGCCCUUGAGCCGAGUCAGAGACGAGAUAAUAUUAGAGAUGGAGAUGAGAUCAUUGUGUUGAACAAGGAUAAAUUCAACUGUCAGUCACUCAGUCAGCAGUCUGUCACCUUUGACACAAAAAGAAAAAAGAAAUUAAAAAAAAUAAAAUGAUUAUCAGAGAAUUUGCUAUUUUGCUGACAUUCGCCGUUUUAAUUCAUGCAUUGCCAAAAGAAGAAACUCACAAGGAGAGGGCUUAUGAAAGGGAAUUAAGUGAACAAGAACACUUUGAAGAUGAGAAGCACAACCCUGAAUAUGAUCAUGAAGCAUUUUUGGGGAAAGAUGAGGCAAAAACAUUUGAUCAGCUUGCUCCAGAAGAAAGUAAAAGGAGAUUAGGGUUAAUAGUUGAUAGAAUUGAUACCAACCAAGAUGGCCUAAUUAAUAGAGAAGAACUAAAAGAUUGGAUUCGUUUCACACAAAAAAGAUACAUUACAGAAGAUGUGGAUAGGCAAUGGAGGACCCAAAAUCCAGAAAAUAAAGAUACUAUCCCAUGGGAGAAUUAUCAAAAAAUGGUUUAUGGUUUUUUGGAUACCAUGGAUCAUGCUGAAGCUGAAAAAGAUAAUGAAGGAGGAUUUUCAUACAAAACCAUGUUGAAGAGAGACAGAAGACGUUGGGCCACAGCAGAUGGUGAUGGAGAUGACCAGCUUACCAAAGAGGAAUUUGCAGCAUUCUUGCACCCUGAAGAAACUGAAUACAUGAGAGAUAUUGUAGUUACUGAAACAAUGGAAGAUAUUGACAAGGAUAAAGAUGGGAAAGUUUCAAUUCUGGAAUAUAUUGGAGACAUGUACAGGAGCGAGGACGGAGAAGAAGAGCCCGACUGGGUGAAGAGCGAACGCGAACAAUUCAACGUGUACCGCGACAAGGACGGCGACGGCUUCAUGGAUCAGGACGAGGUGAGGAAUUGGAUCCUGCCGCAGGACUUCGACCAUGCGGAAGCGGAAGCCCGACAUCUGAUCUACGAGGCAGACUCCGACUCGGACGAGCAGCUGUCCAAAGAGGAGGUGCUGCAGAAGUACGACUUGUUUGUGGGGUCGCAGGCCACGGAUUUCGGAGAGGCUUUGGCAAGGCAUGACGAGUUUUAA